AUGUUCCAGGGGUUCCCCGGGGAUUACGACUCGGGCUCCCGGUGCAGCUCGUCGCCCUCGGCCGAGUCGCAGUACCUGUCGCCGCUCGACUCCUUCGGGAGCCCCGCGGCCGCCGCCGGGGCCGCUCAGGAGUGCAGCGCCCUGGGGGACAUGCCCGGCUCCUUCGUGCCCACGGUGACGGCCAUCACCACCAGCCAGGACCUGCAGUGGCUGGUGCAGCCCACCCUCAUCUCCUCGGUGGCCCCGGGGGCUCCCAUGGCGCAGCCGCCGCCGCCCCCUCCCCACCUGGACCCCUACGACCUGCCCGGGCCCAGCUACUCCACCCCCGGCAUGGGCGGGGCCUUCGCGGGACCCCCGGCUGCGACCCCCGGCAGAGCCCCCCGGGCACGGGCACGGCGCGGCCGCGAGGAGACGCUGACGCCCGAGGAGGAGGAGAAGCGCCGCGUGCGGCGGGAGCGGAACAAACUGGCGGCGGCCAAAUGUCGCAACCGGCGCCGCGAGCUGACGGACCGGCUGCAGGCGGAGACGGACCAGCUGGAGGAGGAGAAGGCGGAGCUGGAGUCGGAGAUCGCCGAGCUGCGCAAGGAGAAGGAGCGCCUGGAGUUCGUGCUGGUGGCCCACGCGCCCGCCUGCAAGGUCCCCUUCCAGGACAUCGGCGACAUCGGCGACAUCGGCGCCGAGGUGAGCAGCCCGGGCAAGGCGGGCGCCGGCGCUCUCCCCCCGCCGCCGCCCCCGCCGCCGCCGCCGCCGCCGCCGUCGCUGUCGUUGCCGUUGCUGCCGUUGCAGGGCCCGCAGGGUCCCUUCCCCGGCUGCUGCCCCGCGCCCGGGGUCCCCGCGGGACCCCCUAACGCGACCCCCGCGUUUGUGUUCACCCACCCAGAGGGAGGAGGAGCCACGUGCGGAGCCUCGCACCAGCGGAGCGGCGGCGGCGACCACCAGGCCUCGGACUCCUUGAGCUCUCCCUCGCUCCUCGCCUUGUGAGCGGGGCGGGGGUCGCGACCACCGUCACCGCCCAGCCCCCACCCUCGCACCCCAGCCCCGCCACCGCCCCCC